UUUUGGGUAAACCCGGUUAUAAGAAAGGAAUCUCUGUUUCAUUGCAUAUAUUCAUACGAACCUCAUUUGGGUCCCUUGCUGCUAUGGUAUUUGUUCCUUGCUUGCUUCCUUUAUCACUUUUCACAGACCUAACAAUUCAAUUAUCCAAAAGCUUUCGUCUUUUUUAAUCUGCACAAGAUGAUCGUAAUUGGAUUUUUGAGUGUUGUGUGGAAUUAUCUUUUGUCGCUUUUAUUGAACAAAUGAAGUUUCAAACUCUUUAUGUGCUAAAAUUUCUUAUUAAUCUGUCUUGUUCGAAAUGACUGAAUGGGGAGUUUUAUUGUAGUCGUGUGUUUAAGUUUAUGAGAAUUCUCUAUCUGGGGUUCUGAGAAAGAAAGGUGUUUAGGUCAUUGGGUGUCAUGUUGGCUGGUGUUGAGGAAGUGUUUGGUGACAUUCAUUCGUUUAAACAUUGAGUUCAAUCUUUUUUCUUUCAAUCGUUCAAUAUAUAAGGGUAGUGAAUCUAUAUAGAACAUAAUUCUGGGAGCAAAUUCACUUAAGUAAUGGGUUUCUUAACAGGAUCUCCAGAACAUACUUGGCAGCCUGUCAUGACUGCCGACACUACAGAUCCAAGUUAUUGGUUGAAUUGGAGGUUCUUCUUCUGUGCUUUAUGGCUGUGUUCAACUAUGGUAGCUUCAUCCAUAUUGAUAUGGAAAUAUGAAGGAUUUAACAAAUCAAGCUCUCGGAGAAGAGAGCAUGAGGUGGAAACAUCAGGUUCUUUGUAUGAGGAUGAAUCUUGGAAGACUUGUCUUAAGGGAAUCCAUCCUGCAUGGCUACUAGCUUACAGGAUUGUAGCUUUCGUCACUCUUUUUGCAUUGCUCUUCGCCAAUGUUGUUCUCGAUGGAGGUGCAAUCUUCAACUUUUAUACUCAAUGGACAUUUACUUUGGUCACAAUCUACUUUGCGCUGGGAAGUUCCCUUUCUAUUUAUGGAUGUCGAAAGUAUCAAAAUACAGUUAGUGGGAAUUUAAAUAAUAGAUUGGAUGCAGAGCGAGGCACUUAUGUAGCUCCUAGCCUUGGGGACAGUUCAGAGGCAUCAAAUUUGUACAAAAAUGUAUAUACCCGUGAAGGAGAUGAUGCUCAUGAAACUGCUGGUGCAUGGGUUUACAUCUUCCAAAUCAUUUAUCAGGUGUCUGCUGGUGCUGUGGUGCUAACUGAUUGCGUAUUUUGGCUCAUUAUUUAUCCAUUUUUGACAGCCAAAGAUUACAGCCUGAAUUUUAUGAUUGUUUCCAUGCACUCAAUCAAUGCUUUUUUCCUCAUUGGUGACACGAUGUUAAAUUGUUUGAGAUUUCCUUUGUUUCGAGCUGCAUAUUUUGUGUUAUGGACAGGAAUAUUUGUGAUCUUUCAGUGGAUUGUCCAUGCUUUUGUAUCAACCUGGUGGCCCUAUCCAUUUCUUGACUUAUCAUCCCCAUAUGCUCCUUUUUGGUACAUCGGAGUAGGGCUGAUGCAUAUUCCAUGCUAUGGCAUUUUUGUUCUGAUUAUUAGGAUUAAAAAAGUCUUGCUAUUGAGAUCGUUCCCGGAGUCUUAUCAGUGUAUGAGUUGAGGAAAUAGGAGGAGAAGCUUGUUAUGUCACUAUGGCUUUUGUCAUGAUAAUAUAUAACUAAUAGGAGAAGAAAAUUUGCAUCUCUGCAAGUUUUCCUAUCACCCUAUGGCUUCAAUCAUACAUAUUUUGCUUAUAGAAAAAUUCAUUUAUCGAUUCUUGGAUUAGAAUAUGUACUGUAGAUAAUUAUGAAUACAAUUACACAAGCAUAUCCUACCAAUAAAUAUACUGUUAUUGGAUUACUAC